AUGUCAUUGAAUCAGUUCACUGCCAUCAUACGACUACCGUUUGUUCGAGGAAACUUUGAAGAUCCACCCCAGGCGCAAUGGGACGCAGAGAAGGACCGGCAACUUUGGAAGAUCAUAUCCAAGUCCUCGAAAACAAGCGACUUAGAUUGGGCGGAGUUAGCGAUCAAGUUUCAAGUCCCACCUACAUUUCUUCUACAGCAAGCAGCAUGGUUAUACGAACGUCAUCUUGACCAUGUACGAAAUCAGAUGAAGAAGGUCAGCAUUUCCAACAUGAAUUCGCCAACGCCAACGGGUGGUAGCACGCUGACUGCGGUUGGUGGUGUUGCUAUGCGUCGUGGAGGCAGUGCUGGGUCCGGCGCGGGGAGGACGAAAUCGGCGCUAUCAGGGCGACCGAAGGACAGUCCAAAUCUUCGGGGCGGGGAAAUCAUACCUGCUCCUUCACUCUCGAGGACACCCUCGACAACCACCAUUACUCAAUCACGAACACAAGUCCAGGCUCCAACUCGGACACAAUCCAUACGAUCCACCCAUCGUCCAAGCUUGACCACCCGGAAAUCAGAAGAUCAGCCGCCUGUGACUGCCGCUCCUCCUAAUUACAGCAAAGAUCAAGCAGAAUCCCCCGAUUUUCCUGAAUCAUCCUCGUCUAGCUCAUCUUCCUUGUCUGAUACUGACCAUCCAGCUCACCGGAGUCAGCUGUUCAAGCGUCCACCGCGGUUCAAAGCACAGCGACCACGAGACCUGGACACAUUUGAAGAAGGUGAUGGUCCACUUGAAACAGAGAAUUCUGAGUCUCAAGGAUCACCAAUCCUGCCUUUUGCCUCUGCUCCCAGGAGGCCAGGAACAGGCAAUAGAUAUGCACAAGGUACACCAUCUCGAGCUAGCAGUAAACCCAAACAAAAGUAUCAACAAUCUGAUCGUGGAAUACAUUUGCCUCCCUUAAGGCAGAAAUCUGUAGAUCAGCAGUCACAGGCUACUACAGAAACAGCAUCGUCCAUGACUAGUUCUGGCGGUCUGCACUCUGCCGCAAGGAGUCCAUUGAGCCCUCCCGAUAACCAUCGCGCCGAGUUGGCUAGAUUGGGAAGCCCAAAGUCAAGGAGACCUCGAUCGAGGAAGGAAGGUAGUGAAGGCACGCCGAGCAUGGGCAGCAGUUUCAGUGAUAUCGAUGAUGCGGGAAUUAGUCAAUCGGCGCUGGAGGAAGCUUUGCUCAGCAAUAUGCAGCAUGGAAGGAUGACUCCAAUAACCACUACCUACACCAACGGCACCAACGUCGUCUCCUUCACCGCCACCUACCAGCUCCUCAAAAAACUCCUCGCGCACCCAGAAUGCUCCCACCGCAAUAUUGCCGAAUCACGCUGGCCCUGCCCAGUCUGCGAAACCAGCUUCACAAAUCGGUUCUGGGACGCCACAGCCACUCUGCUCGACUACUUCGCCGACUUCUUCCCCAAAGACGACGCAAACAUGCAAAGUCUCUGGUUCCACCUGCUCGAUAUGUGGCAAUCCGCUGCCCUCUGGCUCGGCCACACCGACACCCUCUACGAAGCCUUCCACACGCCCCAGUCCAGGCGUUGCGCACACGACAUCGUUCACGCCGAGCAAUUCAAGCGGGACUUUGAGCUCACGCGCAAGCUCUUUGAAACCAUCAUCUACGGACCCAAGAUGAUGGCGCGCGGCAGCGUCAAACUAAGUGAAGAUGUCAUUCAUCCCCCAGACGGCGUGAAACCGGGGCCUUCACCGGGCCAGCACGAGACCGGGCCGUGGAUAUCGGGUCUCAAGCCAUGGCAGCAAUGGUUAUGUGCUGGGAGUCCCGGUGUCGCAGCCCCUCCUUCGGUCAUCCCCGUGGAUGAAGACAAGGGCGAGACGCUCCGCCACGUGCCCAUGUCUGCAGUUGCCAUAAUCCACCAACACACGCAGCGGGCGCGGGGCUGGGCGCUGCAUCUUGCGUCGCGCGAGCCGGAGACGGUGCGUGACAAGAUGGCCGUGUUUGAUGCGCACAGUCUGCGGUUUCCCAAGACGGGAAAGACGGCGGCGUAUACGUCGGUGCAGGGAAGGGCGGUGCGGUAUAGGUUGGUGAAUGGGGCGCCGCCAGUGGGACGGGUGCCUGGGCUGCUGGAUUGGGAUAUGCGGAAUAAUGAUCCGGAUUUGGCGGCGGUAGAUGAGUGUGUGGGGUUGUGUAGGGGAGAGGAGGCGUAUGUGGCGCAGAGUGGGUUUCCGGAGGAGGAGGUGGAGGAGGAGGAGGGAGAUGGGGGGGAGGAGGUAGAAGAUGACGGAGAAGAUGACGGAGAAGAUGAUGAAGAACAAGAGGAAGAACAAGAGGAGGAGGAGGAUGGAUACGAAGGAGAAGAAGAAGGAGAAGAAGAAGAGGACGAAGACGAAGCCGACUCCGACGAAGACAUGGAAGAAGAGAUUGUCGAGGAUGAACUACACGGCUGGUUCGACAUGUGGAGCGUCGUCGAGAGCAAGAAGAGCAAGCAGGACAAAGGCCAGUUUGCAGGCGAAUUGGACAAUGUAUUCGACGAGUGGGCAAUGAGCGAGAGGGCACAGAGGAUAGAUGGAAAUGUACGAUUGCCGGCGCGACAUGGAUGA